AUGGAUACGUACGCUUUCCUAUUGAUUCUCUUACAUGUUCCGUUUAUUGACGGCAGAAAUGAAAGAUAUUUUGUGACGGAGUCUUGUGGCCACGUGCUUGGUCCCGACUUCGGGGCUUACCUCGAGUUCGACAGAGACCUGGUUUUUAACGAGAAGUCUAAACCCAAGGUCAAUGUUGCACAACAACUCAAAGGUCAAUUGUUGGAAUGUACCGUUAUUGUCCGAGGUAUGCCGGCUACUCCCGGAGUCUUCCCGCCAGAAAAGCGCUACAUGGGUAUUUAUUGGCGGGAAUUUCUUAUUCAUGACCCCAAGGUGAAAAAGAAGCUCGGGUCGACGACCGCAAAGGAUUGUGGGAAGGCAUAUGUGACUAUGUACAAUGGUAAAGAUAAAGCCGCAGCUACCCAGUUUUUCACGCUGUGUGGGGUGGAUACUGUAUCGCCGUCCUAUGAGUGGGUGGGGGAAUAUAUCACACUUUACUUCUACCUUGACUACCGAAACCCCGCCCUUGGCAACGGGACGACGGUGCCACCGGAUCCGUCUGCUACGGUUGAUCCUAAAGCCACCACACCAGUUGAUAACUUCGACUACCCCGAGGUUUUCUUCAAACUCGACAUCACGUCGUUUAGUUACGCGUGUAACGAAACGGUCGAAGAUGUAGUGAUGAUGUGUAAUGAAAGCAAGCGCUGUCUGGACGACUCUCUACGUUGCGACUACUGGUAUUCCAAGAAUUGUCUCAAUGAGUUCUUCCCCAAAGACUCCUCUGACGUCAGUAAGAAGUAUCCCGGAAGCUGUGGAAAGCCCAAAAAGCCGAAACCCACAACGACGACCCCCGCGCCCCCCUGUCCCGCCCCCAGAUCUGACCCCACUGUACGCUGUCAUCGGCGUUGUCGUCUGCCUGAGCAUCCUCUACUGGUGCUGCUGUCGACCCGGAUGGCUGCCCUGGAGAUGCGCGAGACUCCGGAACUGUCCGUGCUGUAUAUCCUGUGGUACAUGUUUCGCCACUUGCUGUCCGGUGUGUUCGCCGACCGGGGGUCCCGGGGGAGGAGCGGGGGCCUGCUACUGUGGGGGAGGAAGUAA